GGGGAGAAUGUCGAAGUUUAAUUGUUUCCGAGUUCGAUUAUUUUUUUCUUGGCGAUAGAUAAAUUGUUGAGACGCGGAAGUUUUGGUGAAAUAAUUUCCGAGUCUCAACAAUUUUAUUUUGGGGGUGGGCGUAAUACGGGAAAUGGCAAACGACAUUCCUUGAAGUAAUUAAAAAUGGCAGAAGACAGAGCUGUCAGUUCAGGCAGCAGUAGCAGUGGUGAGGCUAGUAGGCUCCAGUUGCUCCAAGAGAUGCGUCAGCAGAAUUUUGAUAGCAUCAGAUUUGCAUCGUACAGAACUGCAUGCAAACUGAGAUUUAUACAGAAAAAAGUUCACCUGCACAACGUUGAUAUAUGGAAUGUGAUUGAAGCAUUCAGGGAAAAUGGUCUGAAUACACUGGAGCCGUCUAGUACACUGGGUGUAUCGCGACUUGAAACUUUACUGUCUUCCCUAUUUCACGCUCUUAAUAAAAGGGUACCUGUGUCACAACAGUGUAAAGUCGAUUCUAUAACUGCAUUGCUCAUGAAUUGGCUUCUCGCGGCUUAUACGAGCGGGGAAAAUAACAAGAUCACAGUUUUUUCAGUUAAAGUUGCUCUCGCAACUAUUUGUGCUGGGAAGUUGAUGGAUAAAUUUCGAUAUAUUUAUUCCCAAAUAUCGGACAGCAAUGGCCACAUGAUCCACUGGAGGUUUUCAGAAUAUUUGAAAGAAGUUUUAUCCCUAACGGCUGCUGUCUAUGAAACGCCGUCCUUCCCGUACUCCGAGGGUCUAUCUGCCACGAUAUUCCCCCCGAAUUCCAAAGUUACUGUUAACGAUUUCCUCGACACGCUAUUAUCGGAUCCCGGGCCUCACUGUCUCAUUUGGCUGCCACUUUACCAUAGAAUGGCGGCUGUUGAAUCCGUAACUCAUCCAAUAGUAUGUGACGCCUGUCACAAGGACAAUUUCACUGGUUUUCGUUAUCGUUGCCAAAAAUGUCACUCAUAUCAACUGUGCCAGGACUGCUUUUGGCGUGGGAAAGUAUCCGGUGGACACAAUAACGAUCACGAGACUAGAGAGUACAGUAGUUUCAAAUCUCCAUCUAAACAAAUUGGUCACUCCCUCCGCAAAAGUUUCCGAUGCGUCCCAGAGAAGGGAAAAAAUAGUCUUCCAAGAUUUCCUGAACAGCCAGAGAAAACCCUGGAUCUAUCCCACAUAGUACCCCCAUCACCCCUGCCAUCGCACAACGGUUUCCCAGAUCCUGGUUUUAUGGCGCCAUUCGACGCUGGUUCAAUGGAUAGCCGUUCAACAUUGAAGAGUCUCGAUAGCUCCAGAGUCGAUGACGAACAUAAAUUAAUCGCCAGAUAUGCACAGAGACUGGCACAAGAGGCAAGAACAGUGCCGCGUGCAUCCUCGAGAAUGUCUCAGGCUGACCAAUCGCAGGGGAGAGUACCGUCAGACGCAAACUUGGCUUCACUGGACGCAUCACGAGCACAGCGUGAACUUAUUUCUCAGCUCGAGGCUAAAAACAAGGAAAUCAUGAGGGAGAUUGCAAGGUUAAGGAGGCAACAGGAAAUGGAAGCUGCUGAAAUUCAAGACCCGGCGCUACUGUCAGAGCUGAGGGCUUUGAGGAUGAGGAAAGAUGAGCUUGAAACACACCUAACAACUUUGCAGGACUCUAGAAGACAACUGAUGGCACAACUCGAGGGAUUAAUGAAGACUUUGAAGAGUCAAGCAUCACCUCGCUCAACCCCCAACAGUUCACCUCGGAGUACAAAAUCACCUCCCCUUCCACCGGGUGGACUACCAAACAGUCGAUCAGCACCACCCACCCCAGGUGGUCCUCUGUCAACCCCUCAACAACAACAUGGCUCGCAAAUUAUUCAACAGCAACAACAACAACAGCAGCAGCAGCAACAACAAAAUCAACAACAAAUGUCCCAAAAUUAUCAAAGCCCAGUGCUAGGUAGCAGCAUGCAGGGGAACGCGAUGCUUGGAACACUACAGAAUCCCAUACCCGAUAGUCUCUCGUGCGUUGGAGGCGAUGUCAGGUCUGCGUUCAGGACAAACAGCCUACCCGGGAGUGGAUCAAGCAGUGCCAACAAUAGCUUGGGAAGAUCCUUGAGAAAUGAUCUACUUGUUGCUGCUGACAGUGUCACAAAUGCCAUGUCAACACUCGUGAGAGAGCUUAAUUCAGACUCAGACCAGGAGGAGCAAUCCCACAGCAGUGGCCGACGUAUCAUCCGAAAACCUCUUGACUUCGAGGCUGGUGAGGAUGGUGACGACUCGAGUGGGGGUGGAAAUUCAUGGCGAGAGGAGCUACAACGGCGAUAUCAACAGGACAGUGAUUUCCUAGCCGAAUUACGAGCGAGAAACUCAAAUGUCUCUCAGACCCCAUCAGCAACGCCAUCGAGUGAACAGGAGCAAGAGCGAUCGGAGCGAGAGGAAGCCGAAGGGGAGAAGGAGACUGACGCCGAAGCUGAAUGGGCAGAGGCCGUCAAAAGAUGGGUUAAUCGAUAAAGCGAUUGUAAAAAUUUAAAUUUUAAAAAUUAUUGAAGGAAAAAUAACAACGACAUUCGUUCAGUUUGUUUGGGCCUUUCGCGUGAUGAAAAAUCUUCCGAAAGUGUUUUUUCGACUAAUGGAUAUUGAUAUACGUAUUGCAAAGUGGUUAACACUUUUUUCGAGUAUUAUACUGAGGAAUUUAUGAGGAGAAAUAAUGAGUUUGAGGAUAUCCAAGUAUUUUACGGAAUCAAUUUGUUAAUAACAUUCUUAAAUUAUUAAAUGUUAAAAUAAUCAUAAAUUGGUGUUGUGAAAAUUUAUGGUGCCAUAUUAUUAAAUAUUCAAUUCAUCAAUUGGAAAUUUAAUUGGCUAGCGGGAAAUAUCGAUUAUUCAACGAUUUGGUAAAUUCCACGAGUUUAUUGACAUCUUCAUAAAUGGAAUCGAAUACCCGGUGAAUAUUGAAGAAUCGUAUGAUUAAUUUAUCAAUGGCUCGAUAUCGAGCUACAAAUUUAAACCUGCAGAGGUUAAAUAAUGAAAUUAUUGUAAAUUUACGGAAAUGUAGAGUCGACCGGGGCUUAAAUGACAGCUCUGAUGUUCGACUGUAAAAGUAGAAAUUUAUGUAACGAACCAAAGUCCUUGGAUAUCCUAAAACUUCAAAAAUGCUGCGAAUUUUUGACCAAUAUUUAAUUCACGAAUUCAUCCGGAUAAUUCGUGAUUUUUUUAACUUGAAAUUUGAGCUUCGAGAAUGAAAACCAAGAAAUUCACGAUCUUGGGGUGAAGUGAAGGGAGAAGAUGAUGAUUUUGGGGUUGUAGGUGCCAAAACAUUAGCCAGGGUGAGGUAAAUUCUUAUUCAUCUUCUUAUUUCACUUCCUCACAUGAUCCCUAAGUGAAGUGGUAAAGUACCUCGAGUGGGCCAGUGAUUUUACAACGAUUAUUUCGAGAAUAUCUAAGAGAAAAGUGGUCUAGAAUAAAGUGUCACGAGACAUUUUUUUGAGAAAUUUAAUUCUAUGGAUAAAUUUUGUUAUCACGUUCAAUUAUAGACCCAUAACUUCUAGAGAUAUGAUCGAAAUAAUCAGAAAAAUUUUUGAUAUAAUUUUGGACUAUGAAGAUCGCUAAAAUAAUUCAAUUGACUCGACUCCUUCUGCCACUUCACAUAAUUAAUAGUUCUGAAGAGAUUUUAUAUGUUCGUACAGUUUCACCAAUCAGUCCUCAUUUUUCGCCUCAUCAUAUACAUAUCCAUGUUCACAGACUACUUUAAAAAAUCAUAAAAUAAUCAUCGGGUCAAUUUUGAUGACUCGUAGUACUGAAUCCCCAACCCCUGUACCCCCUCCCCCCC